GAGCAAACAGCUCAGCUCUGUGCACACUCAGCUCUGGACACCAUCAAGCCAACAGCAGCAGAAGAAGUAACCUGCAGACAGCUCUGCUCCUUAAGGAAGAAUGGAUUAUUCAGAUGAUUAUCAGUAUCCAGAGUAUAACUACAGUUACGAAGACAAUUUCACUUUACCGAACAAGCUGGUUUUUCAGCACAAACCAAAGUGUUUACAGGAAGUCCUGUGUGUGUCUUUGCUGGUGGUCAGUGUGAUCAUUUUUCUGCUGGGCUUCUGCGGAAAUGCAUUGGUCAUCUGGAUUUCUGGUUUCAAGAUGAAGAAGACGGUCAACACCACGUGGUACCUGAGCCUUGCGAUCUCUGACUUUAUCUUCUGCGCGUUCCUCCCUUUCAGCAUCACCAACAUGGCGAUGGAGGAGUGGUUCUUUGGCCGCUUCAUGUGCAAGUUCACCUCCUCCGUUAUGUUCCUCAACAUGUUCAGCAGCAUCUUCCUCCUGGUCAUCAUCAGUGUCGACCGCUGUAUCUCCGUGAUGUUUCCAGUUUGGGCCCAGAACCAGCGCACUGUCAAGAAGGCUACCAUUGUUGUUGUCCUGGCCUGGUUUCUUGCUAUCACUCUGAGCAUUCCCUCUUUGAUCUUUCGGGAUGUUGGUAGUCACCUGGGUAGGACUAUUUGCUUCAACAAUUAUACAUUAAACCAACACAGUCACAAGAUAGUUGCAUUGAGCCGCUUCCUUGCAGGGUUUAUUGUUCCUUUCAUCAUCAUCAUUAUUUGCUACUCUGUCAUCAUCCUCAAACUUCGCACCAGCAGGAUGACCAAGUCCUCCAAACCCUUCAAAGUGAUGUCUGCAUUAGUGGCUGCUUUCUUCGUCUGUUGGCUGCCUUACCACGUGUUUGUCCUACUUGAGAUGAACUACCGAAACUAUGACCACAGUAUUUUAAUCAUUGGGCUCAAAAUAGGUACUUUUAUGGCAGCAGCAAACAGCUUCUUCAACCCAGUGCUGUACGUGUUCAUGGGCAAUGACUUCAAGCAGAAGUUCAAGAGCUCUGUGCUCUCAAAGAUGGAGAAUGCGAUGGGAGAGGAAGGCCGCACCACCAGCCGAUACCUUUCCAGGUCCAGCUCUAUGGACGGCAGAGCUUCUACACACAUCUAGAGGUGAAAAACUGCUUCAUUCAGUGCAAUCAUUUGACAACAAAAAUGAAAUUAAAUAACAGAAGCUAUAAAAUAGGACUUUGCUUGCGAUAACACACUCAUGAAUCAAAUUUUUACUGAUUCAUUCUGUAAAUGAACAUUUUUGUUGCACUUCUCUGCUCUUGGCAGGAUAGAGACUCCUGCUCCCAAAUUGUCCUCACAAACACAUAAUGUAGUUUAAAAAUCUUCAAUCUUGAGCCGAAAUGUAAACAUGUAUUUAACUCAUGUUGCAAUGCAGGGUGGGUGCAAUCAGUCUCAUUCAGCAGAAGGACUGAUUUCAGAACAGUAUUUGUGCAAAAAUUUUGCAGGCAAUUUGAUAGCAGCACAUAGAGGAAUUCUAGUUUUAAAUAAAAAGACUAUAAAAUGUGAGGUAUAUCUCCUGGAACUAAAUACAUAAUAAACAUAUUAGCAUUAUUUUGCUCAUUUGACAGAGAAUUGUUGUAAAGUCAUCAUUUACUUCCUUGACCUCUGAACUAAAAUGUGAAGCUUAAGGCUAAACUGAAGAUAACAGUAAAGCCAAGAACUGAUGACUGGUAUUUCUUUUUCAUGCCGUGAAACCUCAGCUGGUCUUCUGGUUUACUGAUGUCACAGUACAUUUCUGUGUUGCAGAAUAUACUGUAUGUGAGUUAUAUUAGACUGACCGAAAUACAAUGUGCAAAUGGUUGGAGGUCUGUUGUUGAAGUAUGUGCAGUUAAGAUAGCUCUCUUAUGAAUUAGAAAAGUAGAGAAAUAGCUGGACUUCUCUACUGCUAAUCAUACUAUAUGUGUAUUUUUCUUAUUUCAUGUAUAAGAACUGUACAGUGAAUGUGAUUUGUGCAAUAAAUAUUUGAAAGUUUUUUUCCUAGUUACUGUUUCAGAAAUUAAGUUGUAACUAUUACAAUCAGCUCUUUGAUGUAUUCUCUCAUCUCUCAACAUGUGGGCAUUAUCUGUAUUUUGAAGCUAGUUUUUACAA